AUGUAUCUUCUUUGGGCAUGUUUUAUUUGGGUUUUACCGAAUUCUCGACAAUGGUGUUUAAGAAUGAGUCCAUUUUUUACAAUUUAUGGUGGAAUAUUAUUAAUUUUACAAUAUUUAAUUGGUUUUAAAGUUAGUUUUAAUCAAUUAAAUUUUGCAUAUGAUCGUCGUACAAUGGAACAAAUUGGUAUUCCUAUUAAUGAUUAUCAACCAGCCAUUAUGUCAUUAUUAGUUAAAGUAUGAGAUAUAUAUAUAGAGAGAGAGAGAAACGAUUUAUUUUAAUUAAUUUUAGCCAUUUUAUAUGAUGUUUUUUUGGUUAACACUUCGAGAAUAUAUAAAUGAAAAACGAAAUGUCAAUAUUCAAUUAAAUGAAGAUUAGAUUUUGUUUAUUAAUUAAAUGAAUCCCUAGUCGAACAUCUUGUAAGCAAGAUCUUGACAAGAUCAUGAAAAGAUAAUUUGUAUGUGAAUAGCUUGCGCGCAUCGGAUACAUCUGUGUCUAAGAUCUUGUCAAGAUCAUGAGAAAGAUAUUGUUUACUGUUAUCUUGUCACAAGAGCUUGAGUAAAAGAACGAUAUCGUUAGUGUUUAUGUGCUGACUAGUCAUUCACCGUUUUUUUGUACAUGCAGAGUCGUAUAUAAACAACGUGAUUGGACAUACGAAACAUACAUUUUUCAAAAUAAUUUUUUUAUAAACUCUUUCUCGACUAUUAAUCAUUCGAGAAAAUGCCGAUCUCGAUCCCAGAUCGCGA